UCUCUCCUCCUGCGGAGACAGCCCAAUAGGCAAGCAGCACCCACUCAAGCACCAGCAGCAGCAGCAGCAGGAACUGCUGCUGCUGCUGCUGCUGCUGCUGCUGCUGCUGCUGCUGCUGCUGCGCCAGUAGUAGUAGGAGCAGCAGCAGGAGCACCAGUAGCAGCUGUAACAACAACAGCAGCGUCAGUAGCAGCAGCAGCAGCAGCAGCGCCCGUAGGAGCAGCUACUGCGUGCAGCCACAGCACAAGUGCUGGUGGUGAGGGGAUGCUAGGCUGUCUUCGUGAGUGUGAGUCUGUGGCUGGUGAAUCUAAGGAAAAGAGAAAAGAAGUAAAGAGGAAGGGGCUGGGGUGUACGUACACCCCAGGCACAGCGUUGUGGGUGCGGCGGUGGCUGCUGCGGGGGGCCUCCUCGGGGGGCUGUGCGUUUGUAUCUCCGCAGUGUACAGACACCCGAGUGACAGCAGAGGACGUGCGUCUGGCUCUGCUGCUGCUGCUGCGCAUGCACUGGGUGAUGCUGCCGCGCUGCAGCAACAGCAAGCAGCAGCAAACGCUAGCUAUCCCAGCACCACCUGGGGUGUAUAGACAGCUACAGGGGAUACCGCAAGGCUCCAACCUAUCGGGGCUCCUCUGCGCUCUCUUCUACGGCCACAGAGACAAACACCCCCGCGUGCAGCGCCUGCUGCGGGGCCUGCUGCAGCCCCCGAGGCCCCUAGUGUAUCGCAGCAGCAACAACACUGCAGCUGCUGCUGCAGCAAGCCCGCCCCAUAGACAGAUACACCAGCAGCAGCAAGAGCAGCAACAGAGGAAACAACAACAGCAGCAACUGCAGCAGCAACAGCAGCGACAACAAAAGCAACAGCAACAACAGCAAGAACAGCAGCAACAGAAACAGCAGCAAAAACAGCAGCAGCAACAACACCAACAGCAGCCACAGCAGCACCACCACCACCACCAACAGCAGCAACAACAGCAGCAGCAGCAACAGCAACAGCAGCAGCAGCAGCAGCCAUCGCUGGAGUUCUUUGAACUGCUGUGGGAGGCCCCGGGCCUGGCAGCAGCAGCAGAGCCCGGGGGGGCCUCGCGCCCCUCGCACUUUAUUUACUGUGACCCGCUGCUCCUGCAAGUGGCACCGAGGGGCUGCAGCCGUCGCCGGGCAGCAGCAGCUUCGACGGGCAGCAGCAGCAGCAGCAGCAACAGCAGCAGCAACAGCAACAGCAACAACAGCAGCAGCAGCAGCAGCAGGAGCAGCAGUACCAGUUCUGCUGCUGCAGGCAGCAGCAGCACCCGCACAGCGUUGUGGGUGCGGCGGUGGCUGCUGCGGGGGGCCUCCUCGGGGGGCUGUGCGUUUGUAUCUCCGCAGUGUACAGACACCCGAGUGACAGCAGACGACGUGCGUCUGGCUUUGCUGCUGCUGCUGCGCAUGCACUGGGUGAUGCUGCCGCGCUGCAGCAGCAGCAAGCAGCAGCAAACGCUAGCUAUCCCAGCACCACCUGGGGUGUAUAGGCAGCUGCAGGGGAUCCCGCAAGGCUCCAACCUAUCGGGGCUCCUCUGCGCUCUCUUCUACGGCCACAGAGACAAACACCCCCGCGUGCAGCGCCUGCUGCGGGGCCUGCUGCAGCCCCCGAGGCCCCUAGUGUAUCGCAGCAGCAACAACACUGCAGCUGCUGCUGCAGCAAGCCCGCCCCAUAGACAAAUACACCAGCAGCAGCAAGAACAGCAACAGAGGAAACAACAACAGCAGCAACAACCACAGCACCAACAACAGCAGCAACAGCAAAAGCAGCAACAACAGGAGCAACAGCAACAGCAACACCAACAGCAGCCACAGCAGAAGCAGCACCACCACCAACAACAGCAGCAACAACAGCAGCAGCAGCAACAGCAGCAGCAGCAGCAGCAGCAGCCAUCGCUGGAGUUCUUUGAGCUGCUGUGGGAGGCCCCAGGCCUCGCAGCAGCAGCAGAGCCCGGGGGGGCCUCGCGCCCCUCGCACUUUAUUUACUGUGACCCGCUGCUCCUGCAAGUGGUACCGAGGGGCUGCAGCCGUCGCCGGGCAGCAGCAGCUUCGACAGGCAGCAGCAGCAGCAGCAGCAGCAGCAGGAACUGCAGCAGUAACAGCAAGAGCAACAGCAACAGCAGCAGCAACAGCAACAGGAGCAGCAGCAGGAGCAGCAGUACCAGUUCUGCUGCUGCAGCAGCUGCAGCAGCAGAUGCUGCUGCCUGUUGUGCAUCUCCUCGAGUAGAAGCGAGGCCUAGCAUGAGGUCCCUGCGGAGCUGCCGUUUGCUGCUGCUGCAGCUGCGGCGGCUGCCGCUGCCGCCGCUGCUGCUGCGCUGGGUCGAUGACUUUGUCUUUGCCUCUCCGAGUGUAUCUGCAGCAACAGAAUUCCUGCGGCUGCUGACGCAGCAGCAGGUGUGGGGCCCCAACGUCAACGACAGCAAACUGCGGCUCGAAAUAGACUGCAGCUGGGGGCCCCACGCGCAGCAACCGACUGGAAUAUAUACUG